UGCUACAUAAGGAGCAGCAGCGCCCACGCACAGACACUCACCGGGUCAAAAUACCAGCAUGGCACGCCUGUCGCUUUUCCUCGUCGCGGUGGCUGUUGCCGUGUUUACUCCAAACAUUCGGCAGUGUGAAGCCAACAUUUUUGACGAUAUUUUCGGCAAAGUAACUGAAACUCUGGUUGACUUCGGAACCACCGAUAUAGCUGGCAAUCCCUGCAACUACCGCUUGUCACCCCGCCUCAUUAAGUUUGAAUUGUACUUCGUGGGGCUCGUGUGGUGCCCAGGCUGGACAACAAUCCAGGGGGAGUCUCUGACUCGCAGCAGGACCAGGGUGGUGAACAAAGCUGUGGAAGACUUCGCCAAGAAGGCUGUUGCUGCAGGCAUCAUGACGCAGGAGGAUGCUGACCCUUUGCUGAAUGCUUGAGCAUGUAAUAGUAUGCCAAACCUCUGGGAGACAUGGCUAUCCUGACCUGAUGUGUCCUUCAUCUGCCAUCACUCAACCCCUUCUUCAGGCGACAUUGUAGAGCAGGAUUUCUUAGCGUUUUCUAACCUCUGAACCCUUGUACUAUUGUUGGGUUAAGACAGCUGCCCUGCACCCCCCAAGUAAGGCUUUGGAAGUUCAGCACACCCGAUGGUUUUGUUAAAAGACUACCUUUACUACAUCAUCAUAACAUACCGGUAAUAUAAAGUUUAUUGAUGAGUUACUUCAUUUAUUUUAUAAUAAAAUGAAUAAAAA